AUGAAUGAAAACGUGUUGAAAGCAAUCUGUGAGCAUCUUAGGUUGGUGAAGUUUAGCGAAGACAAGUAUAUUGUUCGAGAGGGAGAACCACUUGAUAAGAUGCUCUUCAUCACCCAAGGUACGGCAUGGUCAUACCCAACCCAUGCAAGUGGUUCCUCAGCGAUCAAGUGUCUUGUGAAAGGUGACUUCUACGGAGAAGAGCUUCUAAAUUGGGCAUCAAAAUUGAGCUCUUUUUCUGAAUUUCCCAAGUUAACCAGAAUUGUCAAGGCCCAUACGAAAGUUGAAGCAUUUGCCAUCAGAGCCAACAACUUGAACAUUGUUGUCUCCACAUUUUGGUGGCAUUUUAGCAAGAGGCUCGGUCAUAUAGAGGAGUCCCAGUUGGAGAGGUGGCAACAUCUGGCAGCUUGUAGCAUACAAGCAAAAUGGCGCCGUCGUCAUGCAAGGCCUGUCUAG